UUCUGUCUCUGUCUCUAUUUUAGGACACUGACUCAGUGAGUCAAGUCUUUAACACGGAAAAUUGGGAACCUGAGAAAUUGUUCGAUUCUGGGAAGAUUGAUUCGCAGAAUGGCGCUUAAUUUCUCCAGUUUCCACUAUCACCGUCAUCCUACCUGAGUAUCUUCUUCGGUUUUGCUUCACUCUCUGAUAAUUGGCCUCCGUUUUGCGGGGCUUCCCUUCUUCCUUCUUCAGCUUCCAAAAAAGUUUCCAUAACAUAGAUUAUACAUUGCAGCAAUGAAAAAACAAUAUUAUUAUAUUAAUUCAAGGAGAUAUCUGAUCGGCUGAUCUUCAUUUCUCCGAAGUUGCGUUUUCCAAAAGUCUUGAUUUGGUUCGGAGCCCUUAUUUCUGGAAAGAAAGAAACUACGAUGCAUAUUUUAGGCUUCUAUUUUUUGCUUACUGCUUAGGUUCAGGCAUGAGCUGCUUUUACAGCAACAGUGAAAGCCAAUCCAAAUAUAGAUGAGGAAGAAAACUAAUAAAAGUUGAGGUUGCCCAUUUUGUGAUUCCCUGUUACGUCUCUGAUGACCAUUUGAAUUUUACUAUUGGUUGUAAGGUUUCUAGCUUUUUUCUUUGUUUUUUGAUGAGCUAGCAAGAUUUUGAACCUGCAAGUUGAUAAUGGCUUGUGUGGCACUUCGUCCAGUGUACGAAGAAUCUUUAAACACCCAUAGUGAAUUUACCAGCCGUUUUAGUCCUCGUUCGAGGGACUCGAUUUUGAUCUACCUAACUGUUGGUGGCUCUGUGAUUCCCAUGCACAUUAUGGAGACAGAUUCAAUUGCUUCAGUGAAGCUGAGAAUUCAAACCUUCAAAGGAUUUUUUGUAAAGAAACAGAAACUGGUUUUUGAAGGGAAGGAAUUGGCUCGUGAUAAAUCUUGUAUCUGUGAUUAUGGUGUUGCUGAUGGGAAUGUGGUGCACCUGGUGCUAAGGCUUUCUGAUCUUCAAGCUAUUACAGUUAGGACAAUAUGUGGAAAGGAGUUUGGGUUUUAUGUUGAGAAGAAUAGGAAUGUGGGUUAUGUGAAGCAGCAGAUUGCAAGGAAAGGGCAAGGGUUCUUUGAUCUCAAGGAGCAAGAAUUGAUAUGUAAGGGUGAAGCACUUGAGGACCAGAGACUUAUUGAGGAUAUCUGCAAGGACAAUGACAAUGAUGCUGUAAUUCAUUUUUUGGUCAGGAUAUCAGAUGCCAAGGUAAGGACUAAACCAGUUGAGAAGGAUUUCGAAUUAUCAAUUGAGGCAUCAUAUGCACACAAUACAAAGCCAAAUUUAGUGGCAUACCAGUUAGGGUCCGAGUCUGUAACAAAUAAGGUCCUUAAGAGGAACCAAUUGACAAGAGACUUUCUUUUGGAACCACUUAUUAUGAAUUCCAAUAUCAAAAUUCCACUAUUGAUCCAGAAGCUAAUUAAGAUUACUUUGGAAGGGUUAGAAAAAGGAAGAAAUCCAAUUCAAUCUUCAGAGGGAUCAGGAGGAGCUUAUCUUAUGCAAGAUUCAUCUGGCUUGAAGUAUGUUUCUGUUUUCAAGCCUAUUGAUGAGGAGCCAAUGGCAAUUAAUAAUCCUCGUGGACUACCUGUAUCUCUGGAUGGUGAAGGGUUAAAGAAAGGCACACGAGUUGGGCAAGGUGCAUUGAGAGAAGUUGCAGCUUACAUUUUGGAUCAUCCUAGGAAAGGACCUCGCUCGUAUCCCAGCAAUGGGGAACAGGGGUUUGCUGGAGUUCCUCCCACAGUCAUGGUCAAAUGCUUGCAUAAAGGAUUCCAUCAUCCUGAAGGUUAUAAGAAUGUUUCAGGUAAUGUUAAAAUAGGAUCACUUCAAAUGUUUAUGAGGAAUAUUGGAAGUUGUGAAGACAUGGGCCCUAGUGCAUUUCCAGUGGAAGAGGUACACAAGAUCUCUGUUCUGGAUAUCAGGUUGGUAAAUGCAGAUAGGCAUGCUGGGAACAUUUUGGUUGCCAAGGAUUGUGAAGAUGAUCCAGCUGUCCUUAUUCCAAUUGAUCAUGGUUAUUGCUUGCCAGAGAGCUUUGAAGACUGCACUUUUGACUGGUUAUACUGGCCACAAGCUCGGGAGCCUUACUCCCCAGACACCAUUGACUAUAUAAAAUCUCUGAAUGCUGAGGAAGAUAUUAAGCUUUUGAAGUUUCAUGGAUGGGACCUUCCUCCUAAAUGUGCCCGGAUCCUUCGUAUAUCAACCAUGCUUCUUCAGAAAGGUGCAGAGAGAGGGCUCACUCCUUUCACCAUUGGAAGCAUCAUGUGUAGAGAGACACUGAAGAAAAAAUCUGUCAUUGAGCAGAUAAUUCAGGAAGCGGAGGAAGCUGCACUUCCUGGAACAAGUGAAGCUGCAUUUCUUGAUCUUGUUUCAGUGAUCAUGGAUAGUCAUUUAGAAGAGCUAUUCCCAUGACUGAAUAACAUAGUUCACGUACUUAUUACAACUGCUAUUGAUAAGAUAGUGAUAAGUGAUGAUGCUUCGUUCGUCUUCAAAGUGGAACCCUCAAUCUUGUAUAGUGGACAGUGGUUGAAACGUCUGUCUCACACCAAUCAAGAAUUUGAUGUUUGUAGUGGAAUACCUCUGAUAACAUGGAAAUGUAUUCGUAUAUUUACCAGAUGGAGGUCCGGUGCAAUAUCAUCCCUCUGUUCUGUGCUUCUUGAGUAAAUAUAAAAUUGUAAAAAUAAAGGUUGUACCUAAACCAUAAAAAAAAUUCUACUAUGUUCUGUUCAUGCUGUUUUUCUCUUAAUUUGUUGAAGUUCUGUAAGUU